AGAUGGACAAUCCAAUUAAAGUAAGUCAACUUAAGUCUUCUUCUGAAUAAAAAGAAAUGGUUGAUAAACUCUUCAAGAUUCCAAUUCAAUAAAUAUAAAAAGUUCAUUAGAAGUCAUAAUCUAAAUCUGAUGUGAUUAAUGAAUUGCGCCAAGAAAAUUAUGAUUUAAAAAAUACAGUCAACGAAUUAAAAUAGAGAAUUCAGGAAUUAGAAUAACAAUUACAAAAUUAAUAAAAUAAUUAAAUUGAAGAAGAGAUUCAAGAAAAAGUUUCAGUUGAGAAAUCAUAAAAUGAAUUGUAAGAAGAAAUGACAGAAGAAGAGAAAUCAAUUCAUUUAGCUUUUAUGUUAUAAUAAUAAGAAGAGAUGGAAUUUCAAAAUCGUUUAGCUUAGUAUUUAUUUAUGUUUAAUCUAUUCUAGAAUGCAAAAUAAUGUAGACCUUGAUGAAAUGAGUUAUGAACAAUUAUAAGAUUUACAAGAAAAGAUGGGAUUUGUUAGUAGAGGAUUACUUGUAAACUAAAUUAAAGCACUUUUAGCUUAAUGCAAAAUAUAGAAACAAAUCAAUGAUUGGUAAAUUAAUUGAUUAAAUUUAUUUUUAGUUGUACAAUCUGUUUAGAAGAUAGUGGAAAUCCUGUAGAAAUUGAAUUAGAAUGUAGUCAUGUUUUCCAUUAAGAAUGCAUUUCAGAAUGGCUCUCAAGAGAAAAACAUUGCCCAGUAUGUAAAAGAGACAUAAAUCUUAAUAAAUUCAAAUGA